UCCCUAAUAUCGCCGGACUUCUGCUCGCGCCUUAUCCAACUCCGGAAGCAGACACCUCUUCGAUGCGCCCGUUUCGCUUCUCUCUGAUCAAAAUGCCGGCAAGCUGAACUCGAAUUCUCAUCUCCAAUCUCUUUCAGAGAAAUCCCGAAAGCUAAAAUUGCCAUGGCUCUCUCUACAGUGAAGAUAUCAGAGCUCUCUUUUCACAGUUCCAUGAUCUCUAUGCCCUUUGGCGCCAACCCCUCUCUCUCUCGCUUCCUUCGUCGCCGCUUUCUUCUCCUUUUAUCGACCUCAGCGUCCCUUCGCUUCGCGGAAAGAACAUCCGGCGGAGGCGCCGGCGCCGAUACCCGUCGUUCAUCCCACCACUGCAACUCACAGUGGGACGAAGAAGCCCGUUUUGACGAAAAUUCGAACCAGAGAACCAGCACUCCCUCCUGGAUUCAGCAAUGGAGUUCCCCCGACCUCCAGCAGCGCCCAGCCCCCAGAGAUGGGGGAGGAGGUGGAGGUUCCAUAGAUAGGAUCGUCCACCGGCUUCGUAGCCUAGGUUUGGGUCUCGAUGAUGACGAUGACGUGGACGAAGAUGAGGCGGAGUUGCGCGUUCAGCUGGAUGGCAGCGAGAGGUUGGGAGAUUUGCUUGACCGUAGCUGGAAUCGGCCCGAUACCCAAUACGCGAACCAGCCGGUUCUUCCGUGGGAGAGGGAAGAGUAUAAUCAGUUCACGGAGGGAGACAAUGUGAACCAGAAGAAGAAGAGGGUGAGGGCACCGUGGCUGGCCGAACUUACCAUUGAGGAUUCGGAGCUCAGGAGGCUGAGGCAGCUCGGGAUGGUGCUGAGAGAGAGGAUUAGCGUUCCCAAGGCUGGGCUUACUCAACCUGUAAUGGAGAAGAUCCAUGACACCUGGAGAAAGUCGGAGCUGGUGCGGCUCAAGUUUCAUGAGGCGCUGGCUCGUGACAUGAAAACGGCGCAUAAGAUAGUUGAGAGUCGAACAGGUGGAUUGGUUAUAUGGAGAUCAGGUAGUGUGAUGAUAGUUUAUCAAGGGAGUAACUAUAAACGACCUUCCAAGUUCCAAACUUCUGAAAUUGAAGCCAACUCGAGUAAGAUAUUGGAUGAAGGUAAUAAAUAUUUUGUUCCAGAUGUUUCAAGUGCUACUAUGUCACCUGCUGAAGGAAAAGAUCAUGAUUCUUCUUCAAAUUCAAAUCAUAUCGAAUCAUUUCAAAUAUUCAGAAAAUCUGGUGAAAGCAUGACUGAGGAAGAAGCAGAGUACAAUCUCUUACUUGAGGAAUUGGGUCCUCGAUUUGUUGAUUGGUGGGGAACUGGGAUACUGCCUGUAGAUGCUGAUUUGUUGCCUCAAACUAUUCCUGGAUAUAAACCUCCUUUUAGACUUCUUCCCGUGGGGAUGCGUUCAAGGCUUACUAAUUCAGAGAUGACAGAUUUGCGCAAGCUAGCAAAAGGACUUCCAUGCCAUUUUGCCUUAGGGAGAAAUAGACAUCAUCAAGGCUUGGCGAAUGCCAUACUAAAGCUCUGGGAGAAGAGUUUGGUUGCCAAAAUUGCCAUCAAACAAGGAAUUCAAAAUACAAAUAACAAAUUGAUGGCUGAGGAGCUGAAGAAUCUUACUGGAGGUGUGUUACUUCUUCGGAACAAAUAUUUCAUUGUCAUCUAUCGUGGAAAGGAUUUUCUCCCUGCUUCAGUGGAAAUUGCUUUGGCUGAAAGGCAGCAAAUAACAAAAGAUAUUCAAGAAGUAGAAGAGAAUUCACGCAAUAGCAUAGCACGGCAAUCCUGCGUUGAGAACAGACUUGAAGGACAUGCCCUUGCUGGCACUCUAGCUGAAUUCCAGGAGGCUCAGGCGCAAUGGGGAAACGUUAUAACUGCUGGUGAGCGUGAUGCAAUGAAACAAGAAGCUUCCAGAUUUAAAGCAGCUCGAAUGUUCAAGAAGAUUGAACAUAAACUUUAUAUUGCCCAAGCCAAAAAGUUGCGAGCUGAGAAACUUCUGGCAAAGAUCGAAGCAUCUAUGGUUCCUAUCAAUCCAUCAGAUGACCGGGAGACAAUAACUAAUGAAGAAAAAUCUGUAUUUCGUAGAAUUGGUUUACGGAUGAAGGCAUAUCUACCACUUGGCAUCCGUGGUGUUUUUGAUGGAGUCAUUGAGAACAUGCACUUGCAUUGGAAACACAGAGAGCUUGUGAAGCUAAUAUCAAAGCAAAAAACCCUUUCGUUUGUUGAAGACACAGCACGACUUUUGGAAUAUGAAAGUGGGGGAAUACUAGUGGCCAUUGAAAGAGUUCCAAAGGGGUUUGCAAUUGUCUACUAUCGAGGAAAGAACUACCGGAGGCCUAUUUGCUUGAGGCCAAGAAAUCUGCUAACAAAAGCAAAAGCCCUAAAACGUUCAGUUGCAAUGCAACGCCAUGAGGCAUUGAGCCAACAUAUAAUUGAGCUGGAGGAAACCAUUAAGCGGAUGAAGUUAGAUCUGGGUUAUUUGGAAGUUGACAAGAGCUCAUCCAUUAGUUCAACAAAUAUUCAAUCCGAUCAUGAUUCGGAUCUCACUGAGGUGGAAAGUGAAGAUUUUGAAGAAGAAUAUGAUAGUGUUAUUAGUGAUAGCACUGACGGAACUUCUGCAACCUAUGUCCAACAUAUUGAUUCUUGUCUUGAUUUGUCAGUCUGUGAGGAUCUUGAUGAAGAUGGUGAAGACGUUUAUGACAGUGAUAGUUCUUAUUUUAGUGAUGAGAAAUAAUUACAAAUAAUUACAUCUUAUGGGCAAGACAAGUUCUCCAUUGGUACAAUAAAAACUUUAAUUUUGGUGUUAGAUUAUUCUUUUAGAUGGGCAUCAAGCCAUCUUCCAUGGUAAAAGAUGAUUGGCAGGCGAAGCUAGUGAUUCUGCAACCUUCCCAUACUGCUGAUGUACUCGCUCUCUGUAUUUGUUGAUUCUUACAGCACAAGAUGAACAUGUGCUUCUUUGUAACAAUAUCAAUGUUGACUGUAUAAGCUUCUUUAAAAUUGUACAUAUUUUGUAUCAAAAUUGUAGGGGAUUUAACAUCCUUCUGAGGGCAUCUUCAAUCAAAAAACUCAUUUUUCAUUCUAAAA